AUGGCUGAAGCAGCGGGCCUCGCGCUGGGAGCUAUUGGCCUCGCAGGCCUUUUCAGCUCCUGUCUUGAGUGCCUCAACUUGUUAGAAACUGGUAAAGGGUACUCUCGGGAUCUGUCGCUGUUAUGUGUCAAAUACAAGGUCGAGAAGACUCGAUUACUGAUUUGGGGCGAAAGUGCUGGUAUCUUUCAGGAUCAGGAGAGCUACAACAAUUCACUUGACAAGGUUUGGAUCAAGAGCGUCGUUGAGGAGAUUCUGCAGCAGCUAAAGCUUUUAUUAAACGAUGGAUCUGUAUUGAAAUCGAAUUACGGACUCCAGAAAAUCACCGGGGCGAAUGAGCAGGGCCUAGAAGUAGAUAGACCUCGUGGGCUUGACGACUCUUUCGAAUCGCGAUUCCAGAAAUUGAGCCUAUCGCUCGCUCAAACGCAAAAGAGGGCAGGUACGGUAGACAAAGUUCGAUGGGCGGUCAAAGACAAACGAAAGUUUACAGAGCUUGUGGAUCACGUUCGUCAACUCGUGGAUGGGCUUAUCGAGAUCACGCCAGAUUUGCAGCCACGACAACGAGAGAAGGUGCAGGAAGACAUAAGUGUACUUAAGGAUCCUGAAGAUCUCCGUCUGAUCCAGGAAGCAUGUUCUGCGUCUCAUCCUGACUGGUCAGAGGCGGCAAGUGAUGCAGCAGAGACACAUUCCAUUUCGGCAGAGCGCCGGAUCUUAAUUGCACAAUGGCUAGAAAGGAGCGAGAGCUUUGCUUCGAAUCUUAUGUCAUCUCAGUUGCCUCCAAUUGAGACAGGGGACGUACGGCAGAACUCGACCCAAAUUAGCUCUGGGCAGCUGUUCGCUGCACGCCAAACACAAUUAGUUCCGCCGCAGCGCUCAAGGUGGGUAUACUUGGACCAACAUGGCAAUCAAAUAGGGCCAUGGUCUGGUAUCGAGAUGCACAGUCUGUACACAGAUGGCGUCUUCGACCCACGCUCUCUUUUGAAGAAGGUCGAGGAGGACAAUUACGAGAAUCUUACACAAUUCAUGCUACGGAUUGGCAAGACAGUAGAGCCUUUUCUAGAACCUCAAACCGGGAUCCUCUACCCACCUCUAGUUGGUCAGUUUGCCCCCUCCUCGAAGGAAAGUUGA